AUUUAUUGACAUUAAAUUUGAUUUUAAAGCUAUAAAAGCACUAGCAAAUAUUCUUUGUAAAAACGUUAGUCUGGAUUCAUUGAUUCUUCAAUAUUGUAAUUUAAGUUUUGCGGGAAUGAAAAUAUUGGCAGAAGCUCUUCAUAAGAAUACUUCUUUAUCUACCCUAAGUCUUCUCGGCAAUAAAUAUGAUCAUGACAAAGCAAGAGAAUUUGAAAAGGAGUUCUAUAGUAACAAAUCUCUAAAAUCCUUAAAUCUUGGUUCUAAGCCAUUAAGUUUUAAUCGUGGAAAAGUUUUUGCAGAGACUCUUUACAACGAUAUGUCUUUGACAUCCUUAGGUCUUUAUAAUCAUUUACUUGAUGUUGAAGGAUUAAAAGCCAUGGCAGAGGCUCUUGGCAGGAAUACCGUUUUAACUUCCUUGAUUCUUGUAAGUUGUGCGAUUGGUCUUCAAGGAGUAAAGACGAUAGCAGAAGCUCUUA